AUGGACUCAGGAGGAUACACCCGUGAUAAACAACUGCUCAGAGAAGAAAGGGAGCAAGAUCUCCAAGAAAGGCUGAGAGCAGUGGGGUUGAAUGCUGAGUACUGGUUACCAAAGCUCCAGGAACACUUGGGUGUGACCUCUGCCCAGGCCUUACAACACCUCGAUGAAGAAGACCUUCAUCAGCUGAAAUCUCAGACACAACAUCUAUGGGAGAAAAGGGCCCUGGAGAAGCUGCUGCACCUGUCACAGUCAGGUCUUUCAGGGUCAAAACAAGCUCCAGUGGAAUUAAUGUACCAAAAGCAGAUGAAACACAUGAGAAUGCUCCUUGAUGGGGAUUAUGAAGCCACUAAGUCUUCCUUACAAAUGGACAAAGUCGAAAACCAAUUGGAAAGUCUCUUCCAUGGAAAGAAACAAUCCGAAGAAACACAUGAACAUGAAAAUAGUGAAAGGAAAGCUACAGAUAAUGGGCCCUUCCUAGACAUACUUCAACAGCUAGGCUUAGAUCAUUACUAUCCAAAAAGGAUGAGCAGAGCUGAUUUCCACGUUAUCUACAAGAAGUCUGUGUACAACACCCAUCCCAGUUCUGAAAAGGAGUUUCCUUUCUAUUUCCUGCAGAAGCUGCUAAUGUUGGAUUAUAGCCUGAGACAUUUGGUGGUCAGAGAUGAUAGAGACACAAAAUACCAUGUAGACUUAAUAUCUCCUGAUCAGGAUAAUGAGACUUUUGAUCCGUAUGAAGAGUUUAUUGAAGAUAAUCCUAGUUCUAAACCUUCAUCCACAAAGCGAUCCCAGCUCAACAAGCCCCACAUUCACCCAAUGGAUAUUCAGAUGACAAUUUUUCACUGUGUAGAUGACUUUGCCAGGCAGUACAUUAUGGGCAAACUUGCCAUUUGCCAAUUUGCCCUUCCCCUUGUAGUGCCUAAUCCUUGCAGUUCUCAGAUUGAAUUCUCCCUCUGGUCUCUCAGGCAAAUCAGGAAAAGUUGGCAAGUCAAGAAAUCACCAGAUGAGAAGAUCAGUUACAGGAAUCAACAGAUAUGUUCUGUCUCUACCCCCAUUGUGUCCUUCAUAAGAGUUGGGAAUGGCCUCUUGGCUUCCAAAUCUCAGAUCAUGAACUCUUUUCUUGAUAAACGUAAGAAUAGUAUGUUUUUUCACCGCCACUGUAGAGGAAGCACAAAAGACUGUCUCUUGAUGGAGGGUGUGGUGGAAGUCAGCUGGUACUGUCCUGGGGGUGAUGAUGGGGACAGAUUUAACAACUGUGUGACCUUCACCAAUCUUCAUGGAGAUGCAAAGGAACAUAAGCGGCAGCUCACCUUCCUGCAGGAAAUCUCUUCUCUCAUUGUGGUUCUCAUGAAAUUUUCUGAUAUCAAUGAAGAAAACCGGAAGCUUAUUCGUGACCUAUCCCAGUCACCAAAACCUUUCAUAUUAUUGCUUGAUGACAAAGAAAAAGGCAUAUGCAAUAGUUCUAGUCAGAGAGUAAGAAUUGGUAUCAGGAAUAGAAAUGAAGCAGAAUUAACAGAGGAAAUUGCAACAGCAAUCAGGCAUUUGUUAGACUCCUCUGACACCUCCCUCAGCCUGGAAGACUGUUCCAUGAUUGCUCGCCAGCAAGGAUUCCUUAUUGAUGAAGAUGAGAGAGAGUGUAAGGAAGGCAAAGAAAAGGCACAAAAUGUAAUGUCCCUCCUGUCAGAAACAGCGUUAUCUCACGUGAAGGAAAACUUUCUGCCCCUUCAGGGAACACUGUGGCACCAGUGGUGUAAGAAGGACAGAGAACUCUACCAUCUGACAGAAAAGGGAAAUCGGAGCAUUGAGCAACACAAGAGUGACACACAGAGAGAGAAAAGAGAGAUACGGCAAAAACAGUUGAUCAAAGCCUUUCCUCUCAAUGAUUUAAUGAGAUCUGUUCUUGAUAAUCUUCAGGGAAAUUCAGAAAAUCACACCAAACAUUAUUUUUUACCGUGGUUAAGUGUGUUUCUGGAUGAUCUGACUGCAGGGUGUGUGGAACAGUGGCAUGAGAAGCAAAGGCCAUUGCUGCCACAGGUACAAGAAAAAGAGAAAACCAUGUCCAAGAAAAAUUAUCUGCAAGACCAGCAAAGUAAGAUGGGAGGCAUCUCCACAGAAAAUCAUAACUGUGUCCUUGGAGUUGAGCAACUUUUCAGAGAAGUUGGUCAGAUCUAUGAAGCUCUGAAAGAAACAUCCUCCAAAAAAGAGGCUCUCUUUCAUUCCCUUCCUGAAAUUGCUGCAGAUCUGAUGAUAUCUGGUGUUCCGAUUGAACUGAUGGAUGGGGAUGCCUCAUAUGUGCCUCUAACUUGGAUAGCAGCUGUUUUUGACAAGCUUGCUGAGAAACUUGGAGACAAGAAGCUCUUUGUUCUCUCUAUCAUUGGAUUGCAGAGCUCAGGCAAGUCCACUCUGCUGAAUACACUCUUUGGGCUGCAGUUCACAGUCAGUGCAGGCAGAUGUACCCGGGGGGCCUACAUGCAGCUCCUGAAGGUGGAGGAGACAUUCACAGGGGAACUUGGCUUUGACUUUGUGCUGGCUGUGGAUACUGAAGGUCUCCGAGCCCCAGAACUCAACAAUAAAUCCCAGAACAGGGACAAUGAAUUGGCAACCUUUGUCACUGGACUUGGAAACUUGACUCUCAUCAAUAUUUUUGGUGAGAAUCCAUCAGAGAUGCAGGAUAUCCUACAGAUAGUUGUCCAAGCCUUUCUGAGGAUGAAACAGGUAAAAAUCUCACCAAGUUGCAUCUUUAUCCAUCAGAAUGUGGAGGAUGUUGCCGUUGAAGACCAAUUGAUAAAAGCUCGUAGGAAAUUAGUGCAAAGACUAGAUGAAAUGGCAAAAUUAGCAGCAGAACAAGAGCAAUACUCAGACAUCACCUGCUUCAAUGAUGUUAUUAAGUUUGAUGUGACUACUCAGGUUUACUACUUUGCUCACCUCUGGGAUGGCAAUCCUCCAAUGGCCCCUCCUAAUCCACGCUACAGCCUCAAUGUCCAGGAACUGAGAAGUAAAAUUCUUAUGAGUGCCAAACAGGAAUUCAAAGGAAGCAUCAUGAAGAUAUCAGACUUAAAAUUCCGAGUUCAAGAUUUGUGGAAAGCUCUGGUGAGUGAGAACUUUAUUUUCAGCUUCAAGAACACCCUAGAGGUGGUGGCCAUGAGCAAACUGGAAACCAUGUACAACCAGUGGACUUGGGAACUGAGGAGUCAUGUGCUGGACUUGCAGCUCCAGCUGAACAACCAGAUUAAGAAUGGGAAAAUGCAGACACUCAACAGAAGCACAGUUGAGGCCCCAGUUACAGAAAAAUAUGAAGCCAUCAAGCAAGAAUUUGAAAAGUUUUUAACUGAAGAUCCAGAUAAUGGAAUACUAAUUCAAUGGAAAGCAAAUUUUGAGCAUAAACUCUCCAUGCUUAAGGACACACUUGUUUCAGAGAGCUUAAGAAAGGCUGAUGAACUUAUUCAUUUUAAAAAAAGCCAAGAAAAGUUGGAUAAGAAAAAAGCAGAAUAUGAAAGAGAAUUAUUGGAAAAGAGCAGGAAGUUGGCUUUAUCUAUAAAGGAUAAAGAGCUAAACAAGGAAGAGGUACAGAACAUAUUUUAUCAACUUUGGACAAAAUGGGUCCAUGAUGUGUCCUCAACUUUCCCUCAAGUUGAAGAGCCUGACAUUGAACUAGAUGCUGAAGACAUUCUUUUGAAUUAUUUUAAAAGUGAGACAAAUAUAGUGGAAACACUAGGUAAAAAAUCUGGAAAGGUAUUUCAAAUGGAUUACACUGAAUAUGUUAAAAUGAGUAGGAACUAUUCCAUUUCCAGAGAUCAUUUAGAAGCACAUGAUAAAGAAGCUAUUAAUAGGACUAGUAACCACAUCUUUACAAGAUUUGAGGAAACUAUUAAGGACAUUCGUUUGCAACAGCGUGAUUACAGUUCCAGUGAUUUCCAUAAAAUCCUGAGAAUAAUAGAAGAGGAAGUAGAAUCUGAAACCACAGCAAAAAAAUAUUCCUUUACAAACAAAUAUAAGAUUGACAUGUCUUUGCAUUUAUUUAGAAGAGCCUCACAGUAUUUUAAGAAAAUGCAUGAGGCAUUCAAGAGAGCAAAUAAUCCUGUUUAUUAUUUGGAGUCUAAGAAAGCUGAUUUCUUUAUGAGUUUUGAAAUCUCCAUCCAAGGAGCAACUUCUAUUAAAACAUUUGUUGAUUUUCUGUGGAACAAGCUCUCCCCAGCUGUGUCCAAAACCAUAAGGGAAAAGGCAGUCCCUAAAAUUGCUGGGGACAUGAGAAAUACUUGCCCUGAAUUCAAUGGAAACAGAGCUAACUUGGAGAAACACAUUCUCAUCUCUCUGGCAGAGGAAGAGAACUUUGAAAAGUAUUGGCAAUAUAUUCAUUAUCCAAAAUCAUUUUUCAGGAGUUACAUUGAAACCCAAAUUAGAAAAUACUGUUCAGGAUCAGGAGCUGAAGCAAUACAGGCUUUUUUAAAACUAAGUUUAGAUGACAUCAAGAAUGUCCUACUCUCUGCUAUUCAUAAAUCCACAGCACAAGCUAAAGACAAAAGCAGCACUGCAUCUGAGUGGUUAGAUUUGUUCUGUGAUCACCUUGGGAGCAACCUCAUCUUCCCAAGGAGUGACUUGAUAAGCAUUGAACACCAGGAGAUUAAAGACAUGGAAUUUCUCAAGGAAGCCAUGAGUGCAGAUUUGGAUCCUGCAAUGGAGACAGUUGAACAGAAUUGCUUAAGUAUACCUGUAGAAGAAUUCAUUCCUGCAAUUGAGAAAAUACUCUCUGAACAUCUGUGUGGCUGCUGGAAACAGUGUCCGUUCUGCAAAGCCAUCUGCACAAACACAAUUUCUGCACAUGAUGGAGACCACAGUGUUCCCUUCCACCGUCCUCAGGCAGUCAGUGGAUGGCAUUGGCUAACCACAGACAAUUUGACCAUUGAUUGCUGUACGAGUUUGGUGGCAAGUGAUUGCUCAUUUUUGUUAAGUGAGGAUGAAAAAUUCCCAUAUAAGAACUAUCGACAGGCAGGAGGGGAUUAUGCCACAUGGAGCAUCACUCCAGACUCAUCCAGCCAGCCCUAUUGGAAGUGGUUUGUCUCUCACUUCAGAUCAAAUCUAGAAGAAAAAUAUCAGAAAAGAUUUGCAGGUAAAGGCCAAAUUCCUGAUGAAUGGGCCAGAAUCACAAAGCAAGAAGUGCUUGAUGACUUGAAAACACAGUAG